UAUUAGACCUUUGUACAUUUUUCAAAAGUUAUAUUUAAGAAAAAAAAAAAAUACAGAGUGCACCUUGAAUUCGCUUAUAAAUACAUAGACUGCAUUAGUAAUCUAGUCUAGUAAUCAGUCUUCACCAAGGCAUAGCUGUUCUAGAUUUUAAAAAAAAUUGUUAAAAUGACAAAUAACCAAUCUGAAAGGACCUUCUAGUUCAUCUCAGCAUACAAUCAUUCGUCACUAACAGCAGGGACACCGUGGGUGUUGUUUUCUUCAGCUUUGAACAAUGUAAUUAUCAUUGCAAUGAUUGCACUAGCGGCAGUAAUUCGUAGCAUGGACUCUUCCGGACUGUGACUCCCAUGCAAUAUGCACGGGGCCAUUCAAAUAUCCCCGCCUGCUAUCCGAAGUGAAAUCCGAGAGAAGCAACUAAACGGUAGAGUUAGAGAGCGAGCGGAGGGAGGGGUACAAGUGCACGUAAACUGCCUACAAAUGACACACUGCAAUCAUAAACUGUCUCGCGACGCGUUCUUUCGCGCCCUUUCCUAAAUGAAGUAUGAAGACAAGGAGAUACUCGGAAAAAAGCGGCUUCCGUUACAUAUUUAGAAGAUAAGACGUUUCUAGCACACUUCUAACGGACUUCUACUCCUCAGCCCGCACAAAGCUUCCUCACAGUCGCCCGAGAGUCUGGAUGGAGCGCGAAGGAUCCUGCUCGAGCUCGAGUCGAAAAAACGGAAUAAACCCCACGCCGUUUAUAUAAGGAUUUUGCGACAAGGAAAGUCAGAAGACUGAAAGGCUCGCCUCCUCAUCACUUCGGCCGAAUAAACUGCACAUCAGUGUUUAUAUUAUGGACAAUGUAGUCUUUGAGCUUGGUGUGGCUGGAUUAUUUUCCAGGUUUAGUUAUGCUGAGCGGACGUACAGUGUCAUAACUGGACGAACAGCGAGAUCUCGGACACAGGAUUCAGAUAAUAUCAUCUUGAUGCCUGCAGGUUUGCGCUGGUCACUAGAUUGAGAUUGCUGUGUGAAGUCUUCAUGCUCUGGGCAUGUUGCCCUCGCCCCAGGUGUGCGUGUCUACUCUGGUGACAGUGAGCACGAUGGCUGUGGUCGACCUCUAUCUGCUGGAGCAGAGCAUGCUGGGACCUCGAGGUGGAGCCCGUCCUGCAGUAUGGCCAUGUGUUGCCGUCGCACUGGGUGACCUGUGUUUCCUGCUGGCGCUGCGCUUUGUUUCCGCCGGUGUGGUUUCGGAGGCUCGCUCUCCCCGUCGGGGCUUCGCCAACGCACUCUGGUUUCUUUUCCUCUCACUGCUGCAGCUGAAGCUUUUCUUUGUGUGUCAGAAUUACAGACAGGAAAGACGACCUCCGGAUCCUCUUGCCCGCAAAACUCUGACUCUUUUACUUUCAGUGUGCCUGCCCUCACUGUUCCUCAUCCUGACAGGAGCAGAUUACAUGACUCCACUCCGCAGGAAGCAGGAGGUGCGUAGCCGGCUUCUGUGGGUGGUGGUUGACUUGCUUGAUGUGCUGGAUCUUCAAGCCGGCCUGUGGGAGGUGCAGGGAAGUGUGGGGGUUCCUCUUUGGGUGGAGGGUGUAGUGUUCUUUUACUGUUAUGUGCUGUUGCUGUUGCUUCCCUGUGUGUCGCUCACAGAGCUGGGUGCUACUGCACUGCCUGGGCUGCAGGCGGCUCGGAAAGAGGCCAUCUAUCCGUGGCUUAGCCUGGUGACCAUUAACGUGUUCACGCUCGUCCCCAGAGGGGUCGGGAUGCUGUGGUAUAGGGACCCACGGGUAUCCACGGUGUUCCUGGGGAAAAACCUGCUGGCUCUUGCAGUAAAGUUGAGCUCCGCCUGGGAGAGGCACAGAAGGGGCAGCGGAGGGAUGCAGGGCGCAGGAGCUGCCACAGGAACUGGAAACCAGACCCGUGGAGCAUCAUCGGAGCAAGCCACGGAGCAGGAACAAGAGUGCAUAUCUCCAGUGUCAUCCUCUACGUGCUACCACACACUCUCACGCAAUCACGGACACAGCCACACACUCCCCCACGUCAGCAUAGACCCCACUGAAACCUCACUGGGGCCGGCUUACAUUUCCCAUGAGCUCUAGAGGUCAUGAAAAAGCCAUGAAACUGCCAACAACAGUUUUUUGUAGGCUUGUAACUGUCCCUGGAGUCUCUGUGCUUUUGGCAAGAUUAGCAGAGAUAACUCAUCAUAUUAGCACACUUUGUAGUUUGUACAGCUGAUGAUUUGUAAAGCCAAACACGAGCAGCCUGCUGUGGUGUGGACCUCCCAGACAAAAUGAUAAUGAGGCGGGGGGAGCUGUUUUAAUCAAGUGCCUUCUUAAAAGAGCAACAAUUAAUAUUGUUACUCUUGUUCGUUUCGGUGUUCAUCAAGGACUUGAAUUAAACCAUGUACUGUGAAGCAUGACCACUGUUAAUAUUCUACUCUAUAAUAAAAAUGUUUCAUAGACACCUGCCCAACCCAUAAUCUGUUGGUCUGACAUGUGAGAUUUGUGCAGACCUGUCAAACCUAAUGACAACAUUUCUAAAAUUAUAUGGGAUGGAUCUUCAUUUAAAAAAAAAAAAAAUGGUUGGUUUUCACAAACAAAUUAAUCCGUUCCUCCAUCAACUAAAUGGAUGUUUCAUGGUUGAGCAAAAACAGUAACGAAAGUACCUGUCAAUCACUUUCAACAGUAAAACUUUUCCCACAAUUGCAUACAGUGAGGCCCAAAAGUGAAAAAUGCUUCUAUUUUGCACUUCCUUCUACUUCAACACAUUUUUUUAUACAGAUGUAUUCAUUAUACUAUCAGCGCAGCAAUUUCAGGCCAAAAACUGCAUUCAUGUUUUUUUUUUUUUAAGUAUUUGUACUAGCCCUCUUUUUCUUUAAUGACAGCAGCACUCGAGCUAAAUUAGCUCCAGAAGUCUGUGUGAACCCAGCACAGAAUGAAGCACAAAUGCUAUUUUUAUCAUUGGAAGCAAGAGCAUCUAACCAUCUGUACAAACAGUUCACAUGUCAUCAAUAUUUCAAAAUCAUAAAAUUUUGUUUAUUAUUUAGAUUCAAAUUAUAUUUCAGUUUCUCAAUGUUGUCUCAUACGUUUAGACCACUAUAUGGGCAGCCCCAGGCAUUUGUACACAGAAUGGACAGUGAUGGCUCAUUGAUCUCCACCUGUAAAUGUAUCAUAUUUACCACAGCAUGUGUCUUUUCCAUUGUGGUUUCCAAUGACACAUCUGUAUGCAUCAGAGUAUGAUGUUUGAGAAACAUGCACUUUCUGAUGUGGUGAUAGAGAAUGAUUCCUGGUGCCGAUUACGGUAGGG